AUGCUUCAGAUUCGGAUUCUGACUUCCCAAUUUAUGAAAGAUCGGAACCAGGUUCCUAUUCCCAGUCAUGAUCCUAAAUUCGGAGGAAGACACCUGAAUUCUGGCAUAAUGGGCCAGUCUCCAAGUUUCCUGUCACUGGAGAGUGUAAAAGAUUCUCUAAAUAAUUGUGUUAGUGAAUUUGAACAAAAUCUUAAGAUCAUUCUACAGUGUUCUAUUGGUAACAUCUUCAGCACUAGUGUUAGUUUACCUGAUGAUUCAUUGCUUAAUUUCGGGUGCUGUCUUAUAUUUCUGCUGCGGCCAAAAGUUCUGCACUCCAAUUGA